CUCUCUCUCUCUCUAUAGUUGUGAAUUCAUCCUAUUAUACACUGCGUAACUCUUAGUGCCCAUCUGUAUCUCUCUCUCUCUUCUCUGUUUUCUGGGCAUAAAUGGAAAAUUUAUGAUCUGAUCAGUCUCGUCUCGUCUCUCUCUAUAUGAUAUGUUCUUGCAGCUAUGCGUAUGUCUCUUCAGCAUCUCCUAAAGUAGGAAUUUUAGUAAGAGACAAGAGAGGAAAAAGAGAUGCAUUGAAGGAUCUUAGCCUUUUCUGGAAUAUUACUUCACCAUAUUCAAGUAGCAGAACUAGAAGCUAAGUCUCUCUCUUGUCUUUUACUCCCUAUUUGAUGAUGUUUAAAGCAUAAUUAAUCAAGCCAAGAUCGAACCAAGUAAGCUAUUCAUCAAAUACCCAUCACAGAAAAACUCAAGAUCUAGCCCUAAUUCACUCGCACAAAUAAACAAUCCUAAAAAAGAACCCUAAUUUCCCAAGACCCAUAUGAAAGAAAACCCUAGACAGAAGGAGAUGCAUAUGUCCCUCCUCUAAACUAGAUAACAGAAAGACCAUGGACUUGAUCUCUCACCAACAAAACACAAACCCUAGUCCCACUCUCCAAACCCUAAACACCAGUACAUUGAUCCCCACAUCACAAUCCCUUUCGCCGUCAUCGUCAUCCUCCUCGAGCCGCUAUGAGAACCAGAAACGCCGCGACUGGAACACCUUCUGCCAGUAUCUCCGCAACCACCGUCCUCCCCUCUCUCUCCCUUCCUGCAGCGGCGCGCACGUCCUCGAAUUCCUCCGGUACUUGGACCAGUUUGGGAAGACCAAAGUGCAUCACCAGAACUGCGCCUUCUUCAGCCUGCCGAACCCUCCAGGUCCGUGCCCCUGUCCUCUGAGGCAAGCGUGGGGAAGCCUGGAUGCACUCAUCGGCCGUCUCCGAGCGGCCUAUGAGAUGAACGGUGGCCCCCCCGAGACUAACCCUUUUGGAGCACGUGCCGUCAGGAUCUAUCUACGUGAAGUUAGGGACUUUCAGGCCAAGGCGCGUGGGGUUAGCUACAAGAAGAAGAGGAAGAGGGUCAACAAACGGGAUGUGUUGCAGCCGCAUGGUCAGUCUACGAUCACUAAUUACUCCGGUCCGACCAUAUGAUCGGUAUAUAUGUAUGUAUUAUUUAUGUGUAUAUGUAUGUAUGUGUUCGUAUCUUUAUAAUUUAUAUGUAUGUUGUUUUAUGCGUACUUUGUGGACGAUGUUACUGCUGCUGCUGCUACAUUUGUGGAAUAACAUGUAUGGUUUCAUGAAUUCCAUCUCUCUUUCAUGUU